AUGGAUGAGGCACCUGUAAGAAAAUUGCGAUCCCUUGAAGAUGUUUAUAAUAGAUGUCAAAUGGUCUUAUCUGAACCCAGCUCAUUUGAUAAAGCCUCAUUACCUAAUGGGUGGAUGAAAGCCAUAAAAGUAGAGCUAGAUAUGAUCGAGAAGAAUAAAACUCGGUCCCUUAUAGAUAGACCAAGCCAUUGUAAAGUUAUUGGGGUCAAGUGGCUUUACAAAAACAAAUUGAAUUCAGGUGGGACUCUUAAUAAACACAAACCCAAACUCAUGGUGAUGGGGUUUUCACAACAAGCUAGUAUAGACUACCAAGAGACUUCCACUACUGUUGCAAGAAUCGACACCAUCAGGUUGCUUGUUGCCUUAUCUGUAGCUAUUGGAUUCAAACUCUUCCAUGUGGAUGUGAAAUCUGCUUUCCUUAAUGGAAAGCUUGAGGAAGAGAUAUAUAUUGAACAGUCGCCUAAGUUUGUGCUUGAACUAGAAAGGAUAAAGUUAAUAAACUCCACAAGGCACUAUACAGGUUGA